CAAAGUAAAACAACUGUAUAAGUAUAAGCUCAAUGCAGAUGAUGAGCAGGAGCAGAAACCUCAGUGGCUGCACCUAGUGGGCAGGUGAGGAAGGGCAGACGUUACAAGACAAGAUUUGUGUAUUCUGGUUUCUAACUUUUAAUAUUCCACCAUGUACAUGAAAAGACGAUUGAUUCAGAGUAACAAAUAAAUUGAUGGUGUUAAACUAACAGACAGAUAGAAUUAAAUUACAUACAAAAUGCUUUUCAAACACUUCCCAGUUUUCUUAAAGAGCAGCGCUCUGCGAACCAGAAAAACCACACAAGCCUUUUCUUUUGUCAAGCUGUCAAAAAUGUGCAGCAAGCACUCUUUUCCGAGGCAGAAGCAGGUAAGGAACUCCUCUCUAAUUCAUGUUAACUCUGUUUAAGGUGAGUCCCUCCAAAGUCAUUCCCAGUGUUUGUAUGAAUGCUCAGUAUAUUUAAAUUUACCUUUGACAAAUUCAUAUUGUGGAAAGGACCUAGCAGUCACAGCUGUUAUUCUCCUUUUCCUAAAUUGUUUCUAUAACUGUAAAACUAUGCCUAAUGUAUGUGGGAAGUCUUGUAAACAGGAUUUUUUCAUUUGGAACUAUUUGCUGUCUGAAUGCGCAUUUAUAGAAUGUAAAACACUAAAAUCUCUCUGUAUUAUGCCAAAAAAAACAUUUAUCUUGACAUUGCAACCAUUUUGUUUUUCCUUUUUGAUAGGAGUUCAUCAGGCCAUCAUAUCAUCUGUAGUCAUGGGGAUUGUGUGCAGUUUGUGCAGAGAUCGCUUUAAUGACGCUUCCAAACCUAAUCCAGAAGACCCAAAAAAAGGAAAGAGUCUUGUUCCUUACAUCGCACCCCCAAGACAAGUAGUUGCCUUCACGGCCAAGCUGAACGUCGCUCACAGCACUCCCUACCACUCUGGUGUCCUGAAGCUUGUGGACGUGCUGGCCAACGAGGGAGGCGCCUACAGUCCUGACAUGGGCAUCUUCACCUGCCCUCUGGAGGGACUUUAUCACUUCACUGUGCACAUGUCCGUGUGUGGACGGGCUCAGUGUGCCAUAUAUAAGAAUGGAGAGAGUUUGGCUUCGGUGUAUCACACUAGUCUCCCGAAUAAAUGUUGCCAGGUGGCCAGCAUCAGCAGCACAGUGGAGCUGUCUGAGGGAGACAUGGUGUGGGUGAAUCUAUGGGGUCAUGGUCGGCAUGAGAUUAUCGCAACAGAAGAUAAUGAUACUGUCUUUGUUGGGUUUCAUUUAGGGUAACUGAGACGGACAGAGGUGCUUGAAAUCUUUCUGAAAUGUGGUCAGUUAUAUGACUGUAAAUUUGUCAUAAUUUACUGUAUAACAGAUCUUUAACUUAAUCUAAUAAAUUGUUU